AUGACGAUUCUCGGCUAUCCUAGUCCUACGAUUAUUGCUUGGGAAGACAAGGACAAAGCCAAAGGCCUAUUAGGAGGCGGUUCGCAUUUUGCAAAGAUUACGCGAACGUUGGACUAUAUCAACGACCCUGUGCGCCGCAGCCAGCCUGGCUUUGACGAUGAGCUUGUUUUCAUGCUUGAUGCCUACGACAUCUGGUUUCAGCUACCGUUGAACAUAUUAUUAUCCCGUUACGACGCCAUUAUCGAGGAAGAAAACGCCCGGGUCGCUCAUCGUAUGGGAAGAGCUUACAACAACGAAGGCAUCAACUCCAAAAUCGUCUUUGGUGCAGGAAAACGGUGUGCACCCAACUUACUCAACUCUGUCUCUUGCUAUCCCGUGCCCGAAUCACCGCUCCCGAAUGACAUUUAUGGAGGCAAUACGGACACUCUCAUCGGAAUCAACGAGUGGGCCAGUUUCCGGACUCGUUAUCUUAAUUCGGGAUACACUAUCGGUCCUGUUGGUGCGAUGCGUCACGUUCUAGAGCGGGCGCUAGAGAAGUUAAAAGAGUGUCAGAACCGGAAAGAUGCUUCGUUUGAUGACGAGUCGGGAGCUUCUGAUUUCUGCUACCAUGGCAGCGAUCAGAGCAUCUUUGUCGAGAUGUUUGGCGAGCAGGAGUAUUAUCGAGAGGUUAUGCGACGACACCACCGGACCGGAAUAGACGACAUGCUCGACAAAGUCGUUCCAGGGCGAGCUGGAUCGAAGCCUCCUCCAACUGAUGUUCAACAAGCUCCUAUUACUGACCGCCUAGAGCCAGGGUUCACUCACCAAAAAUAUAACAAGACACAUCUACCUAACAAGCCUUUCGAGUUUGGUAUCGCCCUGGACUAUUGGUCUCUGCUAGGCCAUCAGACUUCGAAUGCUCUCACUGACGCGAGGUACAUUCGUCACAGCCGCCUGUUAAAGUCGCAGGUUGGCAAACAGGGCAAGUUUGAAUGCGUGCCUAAAACUGAUAGACUGCCUCUCCCACUGGAUCUGCCUGGAAAUCAGCAACUGCCAUGGCUCGCGGGUAGCUAUCCCAAUGAAUGGGAGACGAUGCCGCUUUACACAGAGAUUUGCAUCGGCACCGUUCCUGUCAUGAUACACCACAAUUCUGUGGAAAAGUAUCACCGAGAAGAGCAGUGGAACCAGACCUGGUGGCAUGGCAGGUCGAGGAUGCUGCUGGAGCAAAGACGGAAAGAGGGCGCGCCUCAGCUACAUGAGGGCAUUCCCACUGAUAAGGGGAGCGUUGUCUUGUGGGACGAUUUGUGUCCGAAGAAGAUGGAGAAGGAGCUAUUUAGAGAGCCUGAGCUUAAAAAGCCUGAGGCUAUAAAACCUGAAACUACCGAGUUCAAGAUGCCCGAGGCUACGAAACCUGAGCCUAUAAUGUCUGAGGCUGUACAGGCAGAUGCUAUUAAAGCUGAGGGGAUAAACCCCGAGUCUACAGCGCCUGAGGCUAAAGCCCUUGAGGCUAAAUAA